AUGUUCGCUACCUUCCACAGCUCGCCGUCGCACACAGCGGGUCGGCAGGAUGGUAACUCAAAGACUGCGCCUGCGAAGCGCCCCAAGCGGGCCCAGGUCCGGCUGGCCUGCGACUGGUGCAAGCUGAUGCGCAUCAAGUGUGAUAAUCACCGACCGUGCUCCAACUGCCAGCAGGCCUCCCGUGACUGCUCGACCAGCAGGGAGAACCAGUUCCGCAGUAUCGCCGACGCAGUCAGCGAGGUCAAGAGGCUCCGUGCCAGGAUUCGCGAUAUCGAGACGACGCAACCCCAACAACAACCCCAACAACAACAACAGUCAGCAAUACAGGAAGAUCAUGCCCAGAAUUCGCCGCCGGAACCAGGGCACUCGAGUCCGAAUGUGCUGCCCUCGCCUGCCCGCACCAGCGUGUCUGAACCGGGAGGGGCCAAGGAUGGAGGUCAACCCACCCAGGCCGAGGCAAGUGGGCGCCAGUCCAGCGUGUCAGACCAGAGAAGACAUACCGCAUCGCCGUUGAGUCGCCCACAGGUGGCACCUAUUCUCCAGGGCGUCACCUCCCUCCCAUCGCUAUUGGCCCGCCUGGAUGAAUUCCUACAAUCUAAUCGGCCACAACUGCAACUCGAACUCGACCUGUCCAGUUGCGCUGGCAACUGCUCACAACAGCACAUAAACGCCACACACGGAUAUGGGUUCUUGACCCGCGCCCAGGAGUCACACUACCUAGAUCUUUUCUGGCAAACGCACUACUUCAGUUUCCCCAUCCUCAACGAGGGCCAAUUCAGGAGUGAUUUUAAGGCCCUCUGGGCCGACCAAGAUGCGGCGGCCCCAAGGAAGCCCUCUCCGCUAGUAGACAUCAUGCUUGCAUUAUGCAUUCAACUCGGCAGCUCCUUCAGGCGACAGAAUGCCGGCGAAAGCGGCAACGGUGCACCGUUGGCUGGCUACCAGUACUACCGAAGAUGCCAGGAGGCCAUCGACCAGACCAUAGAGAGCCCAUCCAUCACUACAGUGCAGUGCUACAUCUUCAGCAUCGUCUAUCUCUAUGAGGCCGGCCUUCUCAACCGGGCUCAGGCAGUUGCGGGUAAGGCCGUCAUGAUGGCCAUGCUGAUCCGACUGCCCAACGAGCCACGCUCCACUGAGCCAGAACCACAGAAGGAGGUGGCUCGCCGGACGUGGUGGAGUCUUUACAUCCUCGACGGGAUGCUCAGCAUGGAAGUGGGACGGCCGCCUCUACUCGGCCCUUACCACUCGACAUGCGACCUACCUUCAGACUCCAUCGAGGUCGCAAAAUGGCUUGGCCCUCACUACUCGUUCGACGAUUCAUGCCCGACCUGGCUCGGGUUCCAGACGCAGACACUGCGUCUCAUCAACGCGGUCAGGCAAGUCCGGUCUGCUGUAUACACCAAGUACGAGAGCAUCGUCGGGGAGCGCGGAUACAGCAGUUUCGUGGACAACACGGCCGCGCGCGAGGAGUGCGCCGGGAUCCUGACGGCCCAGAUGAAGCAGCUCGAUGCCUGGGCCGCGCAGGUGUCCGAGGGCUACACCGUGCCGCGCCGCGACGGGCAGCCCUUCUCGACGGACCGCUCCGCAAUCGACAUCAGGCCCGACACCAUAGUCCACUGCCAGCGCCAGCGCCUCCUCCUCGAGCUGCAGUACCACCAGCACUGCAUGAGCCUGUACCAGCCCUUCAUCACCCUCUCCCCGGCACCCGACGUGUCGACGCCCCUGUCCGACACCAAGGCCGUGGCCGCGCUGAACCACGCCAUGGCCCUGACCGCCAUCAUGCACCAGUCGCUGACGUCCUCCGAGACGCUGGGCGGCACCCACCACGUCCUGCGCUGGCAGCAGAACGCCCUGUUCAUCAUGCUGGGCUUCGCGUAUACUUAUCCCCUCAGCAGCUCGAUCCCCGCCGCGGCGAGGGCCAUCGAGAUGGCCACCGCCGUCAUCGACAUGUACUGCGAGGCCCUGCCGCAGACGCGGGGUGUCGCCGCAGUGGCGCGUGCCUUGGCCGAUGACGCGGGCGCCGUCAACGCCGGGCUCCACUCCGGCAAUGUGUGUACCGUGGGCAGCACCGUGGGCGGCGGCGGCGGUGGUGGCGGUAGCAUCAGCCGCGGCAGCAGUGUUGGCUUUCAGGCGUCGAUGUUAGGGCCGUCGACAGCAGUGACACCGACGCAGAUGCACCAGCCCGGGCCGCCAAAUCUUCCCUUGGCAACCACAUCCACGAUAGAGGGCCCCGAGAAAGCUGCGCCGACCACCUUCACCAAUCUGCCUGGCACUGACUUUGUGAGCAACAUCCCAGAAGGCGACGUCCAGCUCGAAGCCGUGGAUAUGGACUGGGGCAAUAUGAACGCGUACAAUGCGCUGGACUAUCCGUGGGCCUUCGCUGUCGACUCGUCGGAUGUCAGGAUGUGGUAG